AUGGCCCGUGUGCAUUGCAAAAAUUUGGUGAGAAUAUAUAAACCAUCUUUCUUCUUUCUCUUUGAGACUCAUACCAUGUUUAAUAAUUUGAAGAAUUUUUGGGAUAAGUUGGGUUUUCAUUGUGUUGGUAUUGAGGAAGCAGUAGGACACAGGGGUGGCAUUUGGUUUCUAUCUUCUAUUGCUAUUGCUUCUUGUGUGGUUAUUGAUCAAAUUGACCAAUGUAUCACAGUAAAAGUGAGUGUGGGCCAUACUAGACCAUGGAUGGCCGUUGGUGAUUUUAAUGAGAUUGUGGCACCAGAUGAGAGUACAGAAGCUGAAUUGAGGGAAGAUUGCAAUAGGCUUUUGUUGCAAGAGGAACUUUUUUGGUACCAGAAAUCUAGAGAGCAGUGGGUCAAGUAUGGGGAUAGAAACACUAAAUUCUUUCAUCUUCAGACUUUGAUAUUCUCCAGGAAGAAGCUCUCUCUUUUUACAAGAAUCUCUUUGGUACAACGGAAGAGGUUGAGGUUGAUUGUUUAUUAUCAAUCUUUUUGGUUUGACAAUUGGAGUAUUGAGGGUCCAAUUGCUCAAGAUGUCCCUUUUGUACAUAUAUCUGACUCUGAUUUAACCAUUAGAGACGUUUGGAAAGAUGGUCAAUGGAAUCUCCAUGAUAUUUUCUCUAUCAUUCUAGAAGAUGUCAAACAGCGUUUGAAUGCUUAUAAUCCAGAUUUGAAUGCUGGAGAGAGUUCGGGUUGGUCGUGGGGUGUGGCAUCUUCUAGACUUUACUCAGCUAGGAGUGGGUAUAGUUGGCUAGCCAAAAGAAAGUUUGACUGGAAUGAGCAUGAUAAUUGGUUGUGGAUAUGGCGACUGCAUAUUCCUGAGAAGUACAAGUUCUUGAUUUGGCUCAGUCUUCAUAAUGCUAUUCCUACAGCAGAGUUUCGUUUGGGUCGUGGUUUAGCUUUAUCUAGCACCUGUCAACGAUGUCAGAAUGGUUCUGAAUCAAUUCUUCAUUGUCUUCGGGAGUGCCCUAGUGCCAAGGAGGUCUGGAACCUUUUAGGCCUGUAUUCAGAUAACUCGAAUUUACAUGAUUGGCUCUAUAGAGGUGCAAGGAGUGAAAAUAUUUUUCUUCUCUUUUCGACCAUCUGGUGGAUUUGGAGAAGCAGGAACCAUGACUUAUUUAAUAUAGAUGAUUCAUGGAGUGCUAGUAAAGUGGUGAGUUUGAUUCGUAGUUCAGUAAGGGAGUUUCACACUAUUUUUGCUAUGCAUCAAUCUCUGUCUCCUCCUUCACUUUGUUUGCAUUGGAUUCCACCUCCAGUUUAUUCUGUUAAAUUGAAUUGUGAUGCUAGUUGGUUUGCUCCUUCUUGCUAUGCUAGUUUUGGUUGUAUCAUUCGCAAUCCUGAUGGAUGUUGGUUGAAAGGUUGCACUGGGAAAGUCGAAGUGUGCAGUGUUCUUUUUGCUGAAUUAUAUGCAAUUUGGAGAGGCUUACUUCUUGCUUGGGAGAGUGGAUUUCGUGAGGUUAUUUGUGAAACAGACUGUUUAGAAGCUCUUUUCUUGGUAAACCAAAGAAUGCUUGGUAAGGAUAUUCCGGAAUGGGAUUUGGCAAAACAUAUACAGGAGGUUAUGAAUUGGAAUUGGAGAGUCUCUAUUCUUUUAAUUCAGAGGACUGCAAAUAGUGUUGCAGAUUGUAUGGCUAAAGCAGCUGCUUCUGUGGCGGACAUUCACUCGAAUUGGAGCCAACCAUGGAAGCAACAGAACAAUUGA